AUGACUGUCCCCUCCGGUCGGGCCAAUUUGUCAUUCCACAUCUCUAUCAACGUGAUAUACUCCCACGCCGGGGUCAACGAGCAUCGGGCACGACAGAGCCAGACCUGGGUAAACAAUGGUGGCAUGACCUUGACCCUGGUGUCAAGUGCACAGCCUCUGGCACUUUCGUCGCCGGGCAUCACAGCGACAAGCAGCUGCCACAGGAGCGAGAACUUUAACACUAUAUACUCAGUUAUCCUCAAUUCCAGCGCCCACAACAAUGGCGUCUAUCUCUGUGGCAACAGUCCCGGUGCAGACGCAAACGCGAUGCGAGCCACGGUCAACUCAAUCGCACGCAGUAUCCGCUUCCUCCCGCUUGACACAACCAACGUUGCGUCGCAUGCACUCGUCGGGUUCUAUUCCAAGUCCGGGUCAGAGAGCUCCACCAGCACCUACGCGCGGGUCUCGCGCCACGAGACGAUCUCCCUGUACCUUUUCAGCGACGGCUUUUACAUCCUUUCCAUUUUCACAAAGUCGUUCGGUUUCGCUGCUGGCAUUUCGGGCAUAUCCACCUCCGAUACCAAGAAAGAGAGCGGCUUCUGGGAUACGGAGGGCUCAAAUCAACGCGGAAUUUUGACACUCCGAGAGCUAGGCGAUCAUCAGGAAGCCGGGGUAGAGCUCGGUGUUCGGGAAUGCCAGUACGAGACUGGUAGCUACGGCGUGAUAAUUCACCUGGGCAAUGCAAUGCUACAACGGAAGGGAGUCUUGAGGCUUCAAGAUUUUCAUUCUCUUUAG